AUGGCUAUGGAUGAUUUUGGAUCAUCCUCCUCAUCAUCAUCAAUUUCACAAACUUCUUCCACAAAUUCAUUUUUUACACCUUUACUUAUGUCCAUUAUGGGCAUUGGUGCUACCGCUUUAGCCAUACUUUUUUACCAUCUUUUAUUAGUUAGAUAUUGCAUGAGAAGACAUGCAGCACGAAUGACAGCAUUACGUAAUUUAGCCGGGGAAGAAAUCCAAACCGGAGUUGAUGAGAAAACACUUCUAACAAUACCCAUAAUUACAUAUAAAAAAUCCGACCCGAUUAUCAUGGAUCAAUCCGAAUGUGCGGUUUGUUUAGGUGAUGUGGAAAAUGGGGACAUGGUUAGGUUGUUACCUAAUUGUAAACAUUUGUUUCAUGUUAAAUGUAUUGAUGAAUGGUUUGUGGGACACACAAGCUGUCCUGUUUGUCGGGUCCCAGUAGUGGGACCUGACGACGAGUCAACUCGUGGUUGCCCCGUUUGUAAUAGAUCGGGAGCAACCAUAGUUGAUGAUCGUUCCUCGUUCGUUUCUUACGAACAAGACGAUGCUGCUGUAUUAGAGGUUAUUGAUAAUGCUGGUGAAUUUACAUCUGGACCACGAAUAUUGCUUCGGCAUUGUCAUUCUUUAAUUUUACCGGGUGAAAAAAAGGGGAGAUUAACGGGAAUGGAGUUAAAAAGGUCAUUAUCAAUGGGGCAAAGUAAUUGUGUGAUUAUUGACAUAAAUAAUGUUGGUAAUGUGGAUAAAGAUUGUACGUAUUAUUCGUCGUUAAGAGACGAAUCAAUUAGGCAAUUUCAACGUGUUAAGGAAUCGAUAACUCGAAUGUGUGUAGGUGUCGAAGGACAAAGACAAGGGAGUACUGGCAAUAUUCUUCCAUAUUGA